AUGGACAGUGGAAGUGAGAGCUCCACUGCUGUCGGCACCGCACCGAUCGAGGUGGCAAUUGCAUCGAAAGAGUCUGUUACGGAGUAUGUGAAGAAUGCGGGUUUGGCGUUACUUGGCGCCACAAAUCAUGCAGCCCAACUUGAAAUGGUCCUGGAAGAGUCGGAUGCGGUUGUGAAAUUCAUCACUGAUCCACAGACUCAAGUACUUGUUGUGGAUAGAACUGUUCAUCGCGAUCAGUCGGGUGAUGCUGACACAGGUGACGAAAGUGAGACAGCGGUCGUUGUGUUUGCAGUUCGCAAUGAUGUACUAUAUAGAACGGAUAAAAGCACAUCGAUAGUGUUCAUGAAGAGGGGCGCGAUUGUGGAAGCCGAUAAAUCGAUCCCAGAUCAGCUGAGAGUAAUCGUGUUAAACGAAGGAAAUCCAUAUGAGACCUUGUUCUCGUUAAUCGGAAAAGCAGUAACUCCGUAUUUUAAAUCGUUCAUAAAAGAAAGUGGCCGAGGAGAGCGUGAUGGUGACAAACUUGCACCAACAGUUGAGAAAAAUCUCAAUGAGGCAGAGGUUGCAUUGCUUCACCUACAACAAAAUAUAGAUAUACCGGAGAUUAACCUAGUAAUCAAUCCACAUAUUCAAGCGGCUAUCCAGAAAGCAAGCAAAGAAGGAAGAAAAGCAAAGGUGACAGAUUUGGGUGAUCUGGUCGAGGAUUCGCAAUUCUUGAAUAGUUUGCAGUCCGGAGUGAACAGAUGGAUUAAGGAAAUCAGAAAGGUUACUAAGCUGGAACGAGAUCCUGGAUCGGGUUCGUCCCUACAAGAAAUGACAUUCUGGCUGAACUUGGAACGAGCCUUGCAGAAAAUUUUGCAAAAGCGAGAGUCUGAAGAAGUCACACUAACUCUUGAAGCACUAAAAUGUGGAAAACGCUUUCACGCCACUGUUUCGUUUGAUACGGACACAGGCCUGAAACAGACGCUUGCCUUGGUAUCAGACUACAAUUCACUAAUGAAGGAUUUUCCACUAAAUGAGCUCGUCUCUGCAACUGAUUUGGAUUCGAUCAAAGUAGCACUUGGCAAUGUCUUUAGCCAUAUGAAAAAGAUCAGAGCAACGAAAUAUCCUAUUCAAAGGGCGUUGAGGUUCAUUGAAGCCAUCUCAAGAGAUAUGAACGCACAGAUUCUGAAGGUCCUCGGCACUCGUCGAUUGAUGCAUAUUUCCAUUGUUGAGUUUGAUCAACUGAUGAUGCAGUGUAUUCAGCUGUUCACCAAAUGGGAUGAUGAAUAUGAUAAAUUCAUCACUCUACUACGAGACAUCUCCAAGAAGAAACGAGAUGAGCCUGUGAAACUUAUGUGGAAAGUUCUGCCUUUGCACAAAAAGCUUGAAGGACGCCUAGUGCAGAUCAAGGCUUUCAGAAAGCAGCACGAACAACUCCGCGUUGUUAUCGCCCGAGUUCUCCGCCCAGCUGGUACGCCAUCCGGUGAAACUCAGCCUGAAACUCAGCCGCAUAGUGGAGAACUUACUCCAGUUGAUCAAGUCAACUUGGCGUACGAGUUCGUGAAGGAAGUUGACUGCUUGGAUGUCAGCAUUGAGGGCACAACUGCUUGGGAUGCUGCCCAGCGAAGGUACGAAGAACAGAUCUCACGGGUGGAGACUGCAAUUACAUCGAGAUUAAGAGAUCAGUUGGGGUCAGCAAGAAACGCGAAUGAGAUGUUCAGCAUAUUCAGCCGUUUUAAUGCCCUCUUCUGCCGCCCACAAAUCCUCGGAGCAGUUCGUGAGUACCAAACUCAGCUGAUCCAGAGAGUGAAAGAGGAUAUAGAGAGACUGCAGGCUAAGUUUACGAAGCAGUAUGCGGAUCACCGUGGCGAAAUACUAACACAAACAUUUGAUAUCCCACCACUUUCGGCCAACAUUAUCUGGAUCCGUCAAAUUGAACGACAACUUCAGUUGUACAUGCAAAGAGUGGCAUCUGUGCUUGGAACUGGAUGGGAAAAUCAUGUAGAAGCCCGACAAUUAAAGACGGAAGCUGAUAACUUCCGGAAGGUGUUAGAUACUCAAGGGUUGUUCGAAAACUGGGUAGAACAGAUUCUUGCCAAAGGAACAAGUACUCCCGGAAGAGUGUUUGUUAUUGAUCGACGCUCCAAGGAUGGCAAACCUUUUCUACAUCUCAAAGUCAAUUUCAGUCCAGAGAGCAUUGUUCUGCACAAAGAGGUGCGGAAUUUGAAAAACAUGGGCUUUCGCAUCCCCCUCAAAGUGGUAAACGCGGCUCAUCAAGCCAAUCAGAUUUAUCCAUACGCGAUCAGUCUCCUAGAAUCGAUUAGGACUUAUGAAUCGAUCAACGAGAGGUUGUCAGCAAAAACAGGCAUAGAUACACUAAUUGCCAGCUACAAAAAGGAUAUACAAUCACAAAUCGGUGAAGGAUAUCAGCUAACUUGGGAGUCUUACAAAAUUGACCCUUAUGUGACGAAACUGGCUGACACUGUAAACAAUUACCAGGAACGAGUCGAGGAGCUGAUUUUGAUCGCGGAUAAUAUUGAAGUCGAUUUAGCUGCCUUAGACACGUGCCAAUACAAUUCCGCUACUAUUGGGGCUCAACUAGCGUCGAUCCAGAAAUCGGUGGAUCAACUGGCAUUAGGAAACUAUUCUAAUCUCACCCAGUGGGUGGACAAACUGGAUAAAAAGAUCGAAGCUAAGUUAGCUGCAAGGGUUGAAGAAGCUAUACGACUAUGGACUCUCGUAUAUUCGGCCAGCGAGGAAGUCGACGAGUACAAGGAAAGUAAUGUUGCCUUACCGCCGGUACAUCCUGUAUUGAUCGAAAUUCGCCUGACAGCCCAGACCAUCUACAUAAGUCCAUCGAUAGAGCAGGCUAGAGCCAAACUUCUGGAACAACUCGUCGAAUGGCAUGCUGUAGUGACAAGUCAGCCGAGAAUUAGCAGCACGAGGUUCCAGUUGGCUAUGAAUCGCGACCUUAAUGUAGCCACGUACAAGAAUGUUCUUAGUCACCUUCCUAAUGGUCUAGGAGAGCUGGAGAAGGCUUACACUACCGUGGAUCGUAUAUUAAGAGAGGUAGACGAAUACGUCAACGAAUGGCUGAGAUAUCAAGCGUUGUGGGAUCUCCAAGCUGAGAUGUUGUAUGAGAGACUUGGCUCGGACCUGUCAAAGUGGAUGAAAACGCUGGUAGAAAUCAGAAAGAGUCGCAGCACGUUUGAUACUCAGGAUACCAAGAAGGAAAUAUUCCCCGUAGUUGUUGAUUAUGCCAAGGUUCAGCUCAAAGUAACCUUGAAGUAUGAUUACUGGCACAAAGAAGUACUGCAGAAGUUUGGUACAGCUGUUGGUCACGAAAUGCAGCAGUUCUUCGGUAACAUCUCGAAAUGGCGCGAAGAGCUCGAGUCUCAAGGUGUUGAUUCCGGAACGACAAGUGAUGCGGUGGCGUUGAUCACAUACGUGCAAACGCUCAAAAAACAAACUAAAGUUGGACAAGAAACAGUUGAUCAGUUCCGUGCAGCUCAACGCCUUUUGUCACAACAACGCUAUCAGUUCCCUGCUCAAUGGAUGUAUGCAGAGAAUGUCGAGGGAGAAUGGUCAGCAUUGUCGGAAAUUCUGUUGCGCAAAGAUUCUGCGAUUCAGUCACAGGUGAAUAACCUCCAAUCUAAAAUCCGCGAGGAGAACGAAAUGGUCGAAAAACGUACCCAAGAGACCUUGUCAGAGUGGGAAAGAGCAAAGCCCGUGGAAGGAGCGCAAAGACCGAACGAGGCGCUCGCGGCGCUCAAUACAUUCGAACAGAAGAUGGCCAAGUUAUCGGAGGACCGCGAAAAAAUGCGAAAAGCACGUCAUGCCUUGGAUAUGGCCGAUCCUACAGGCGUACCAGUCGAUGCUGACAAGUUGGCUGUAGCCGCUGAAGAAUUGGCUGAUCUAAAAGGUGUUUGGCAAGCACUUACACCGAUUUACACUUCGAUUGAUGAGAUGAAGGAAAAGACCUGGUUGUCGGUACAACCGCGCAAGUUGCGACAGUCGCUUGAUGAACUGAUGAACCAGCUGAAACAUUUGCCUGUCAAAUAUAAGAGCUAUAAAAGUUAUGAGUAUGCGAAACAAAUGAUGCAUAACUACUCGAAGAUGAACAUGCUGGUAAUGGAAUUGAAGUCUGAAGCGUUGAAAGAGCGUCAUUGGAGACAAAUGAUGAAAGAGUUGCGAGUUAACUGGAACUUGUCGGAGCUUACUCUUGGGCAGGUCUGGGAUGCAGAUCUUCAACGUCACGAACAUACCAUAAAGCAGAUCCUUCUAGUCGCACAAGGAGAAAUGGCGUUAGAAGAGUUUUUGAAACAGAUGAGGGAUUUCUGGCAAUCGUACGAUGUGGAACUUGUUAACUACCAAAAUAAGACCCGGCUCAUCAAAGGAUGGGAUGAAUUAUUCAACAAACUCAAAGAACAUCAGAAUUCUUUGGCUGCUAUGAAAUUGUCACCGUACUAUAAGCAGUUCGAAGAGAAUGCCCUAUCGUGGGAGGAGAAGCUGAAUCGUAUAAGCGCAAUGUUUGACGUAUGGAUUGAUGUCCAGCGUCGAUGGGUAUACCUAGAAGGCCUCUUCUCAGGAUCUGCUGAUAUCGCUACGUUAUUGCCUAUCGAAAGCGCGAGAUUCUCGAGCAUUUCCACGGAAUUCUUAGCGCUAAUGAAGAAAGUCGCUCAGUCUCCGCGUAUCCUUGAUGUUGUGGGGAUGCAAGGAGCUCAGCGGUUGUUGGAUAGGCUUGCCGACAUGCUUUCAAAAAUCCAGAAAGCACUAGGAGAAUACCUGGAAAGAGAAAGGGCGUCGUUCCCAAGGUUCUAUUUUGUGGGAGAUGAAGAUUUGCUAGAAAUCAUGGGCAAUAGUAAGGAUGUAGCAAGACUGCAAAAGCAUUUGAAGAAGAUGUUCGCUGGAGUAACAGCUAUCGAUGUUGGAGAGGAGGAUCGAAUUGUUACUGCACUACACAGCCGAGAAGGUGAAAGGGUUGAUCUCGUACAACCGGUUCAUACUAAAGAUGUAAGGAUAAAUGAUUGGUUAAAGGCACUAGAAGCUGAAAUGAAACACACUUUGGCAAGACUUCUCGGCAUGUCGUUAACACAUUUCUCAAAAAUGGAUAUUGAUACGGUAACGCCAGACGAGUAUAUGGAAUGGCUGGACAAGUUCCCUGCUCAAGUUAUUGCACUAACAGCUGAGAUUUGGUGGAGUAAUCAGAUGGAAAUGGCCUUAUCUGACGGCAACGGUGUAGAAUCAGUCGAGAAAUCUGUUUCUGCGACACUGUCCCUAUUGGCUGACUCGGUUCUAAAGGAUCAACCACCGAUUAGAAGAAAGAAAAUUGAAGCUUUGAUCACGGAAUUUGUGCAUAAACGUGAUACCUGCCGUAGGUUGACAUCUGCAGGCGUUAAGAGUCCAUCUGAGUUUGGUUGGCUUCAAUGCAUGAGGUUCUAUUUCGAUCCGAAACAGCCUGAUGCCGUCCGGUGUUGCAUAGUGAAAAUAGCGAACGCGCAGUUCUAUUACGGCUUCGAAUACCUUGGAAUACAGGAGCGACUAGUAAGAACGCCUCUGACGGACCGUUGCUACCUUACAAUGACACAAGCAUUGCAUUCGAGAUUGGGAGGCUCUCCGUUCGGUCCUGCCGGUACAGGUAAAACCGAGUCAGUGAAAGCACUAGGAAAUCAGCUUGGACGAUUUGUGCUUGUUUUUAACUGCGACGAAACCUUCGACUUCCAGGCCAUGGGCCGAAUCUUAGUGGGUCUUUGCCAAGUAGGAGCUUGGGGAUGCUUUGACGAAUUCAACCGUUUGGAGGAGCGCAUGUUGUCAGCUGUUUCGCAACAGAUUCAAACCAUUCAGGAAGCUGUUCGUGCUGGCGGUGAGAUGAGUGUAGACCUUGUCGGCAAACGCCUGAACGUGAACCCCAACAUUGGUAUAUUUAUCACCAUGAAUCCCGGCUAUUCUGGAAGAUCAAAUCUUCCCGAUAACUUGAAACAACUGUUCCGCAGUUUGGCUAUGACACAACCGGACAGACAGUUGAUCGCUCAAGUGAUGCUUUUCUCGCAAGGUUUUCGCACAGCAGAAACACUUGCCAACAAGAUCGUCCCUCUUUUCAUAUUGUGCAAGGAACAAUUGUCAGCGCAGUGUCACUACGAUUUCGGGCUUCGUGCGCUGAAGUAUGUGCUGGUGUCGGCUGGAAAUGUUAAACGUGACAAAUUGGCAAAAAUUGGAGCUGCCGCUCUGGAAGAUGUGGCUGAGCAACAGAUGCUUAUUCAAUCCGUCUGUGAAACCCUGGUGCCAAAAUUAGUCAGUGAGGAUAUAGCCCUACUUUUCUCUCUGUUGUCUGAUGUGUUCCCGUCCGUCCACUACACACCAAAUCAGAUGAUCGAACUCCGCCAGCAUAUCGCUCAAGUCUGCGAUGAAUUAAUGCUCUGCCACGCUGAUAUCACUGGAGAACUAGGUGCAGCAUGGGUUGAGAAAGUCCUGCAGCUCUAUCAGAUCACCAAUCUCAACCAUGGUCUCAUGUUGGUCGGAGCGAGCGGUAGCGGAAAAACGAUGGCCUGGAAGGUGCUAUUGAAAGCACUAGAACGAUUCGAAAAGAUCGAAGGGGUGUCACAUGUGAUCGAUGCGAAGGCGAUGAGCAAAGAUGCACUGUACGGUGUGCUGGAUCCGAAUACAAGGGAAUGGACAGAUGGAUUAUUUACCUCCGUGAUCAGGAAGAUAAUUGAUAAUGUGCGAGGUGAGAGUGAAAAACGACAGUGGAUCAUCUUUGAUGGAGAUGUGGACCCGGAAUGGGUAGAAAAUCUGAACUCAGUACUCGACGAUAACAAACUGCUUACUUUGCCAAAUGGAGAGCGUCUUGGUAUUCCACCAAAUGUCCGUAUCAUUUUCGAAGUCGCGGAUUUAAAAUACGCUACUUUGGCUACCGUAUCACGUUGUGGUAUGGUGUGGUUCAGUGAAGAGGUUGUGACGACUGAGAUGAUGUUUGAACAUCACUUAUCUUGUUUGCGGAAUAUAUCAAUUGAAAGUGAGGCUGUAAUUGCUGAAGAUGCAGUUCCCACUCGCUCAGUGACAAUCCAAAGGCAGGCGGCUGCCGCGUUACAGUCGCACUUCUCACCAGAUGGUCUUGUACCUCUUGCACUCAACUAUGCUCUAUCGAAUCUUGACCAUGUAAUGGUUCCAACUCAACAGCGACUCCUUUCAUCAUUUUUCGCGAUGAUGAACUAUUCAGUUCGCUCUAUCGUUAACCACGAUAAUAACCAGGGUGACUUCCCUCUAUCGCCAGACCAAAUUGAAACCUACGUAACGAGAUCAAUGCUCACCAAUAUGAUCUGGGCGUUCAGUGGUGAUGGUAAGUGGAAGUGUAGACAACAGAUGAGCGACUUUAUCAGAAACUCGACGACGCUUACUUUACCGCCGAAUCAGCAGGUACCACUUAUUGACUUCGAAGUACAAUUGAGCGGUGACUGGCAGCCAUGGUUGAGUCGCGUCCCGGUGAUGGAAAUUGAAGCUCAUCGUGUUGCUGCAGCCGAUCUUGUUGUCCCAACUAUUGACACAGUUCGUCACGAAAUGUUGUUGUCAGCAUGGCUGUCUGAACAUAAACCACUUGUUUUGUGUGGACCUCCCGGUUCUGGAAAGACCAUGACUUUACUAGCUGCUCUUCGGUCGCAGCAGGACAUGGAUGUAGUGAAUGUGAACUUCUCAUCAUCGACCACACCUGAAUUACUUAUGAAAACGUUCGAUCAUUACUGUGAAUAUCGUCGAACUCCAAAUGGCAUCGUCUUGGCUCCGGUUCAACUCAGCAGAUGGCUGGUAAUCUUCUGCGAUGAGAUCAAUUUGCCAGCGCCGGAUAAAUAUGGUACACAACGUGUGAUCAGCUUCUUAAGACAGCUUGUGGAAAUGAAUGGUUUCUAUCGCGGAUCUGACCACUCUUGGGUUACACUAGAGCGAAUACAGUUCGUGGGUGCAUGUAAUCCGCCGACUGACCCUGGUCGUCAUCCUAUGACAUUGAGAUUCUUGAGACAUGUCCCAGUAGUUUACGUCGAUUACCCAGGACAAACAUCAUUGAUACAAAUUUAUGGGACAUUUAACAGAGCUAUGCUCAAAACUGUACCGGCAGUGCGAGGACUCGCUGACCCGCUCACGAAUGCGAUGGUUGAUGUGUACCUGGCCAGUCAGGAACACUUUACCCAAGAUGACCAACCGCACUACGUAUACUCACCUCGUGAACUUACCAGAUGGGUCCGAGGCAUAUCUGAAGCGAUCGCUCCGCUCGAUGGAAUUAACGCAGAGCAACUAGUCCGACUGUGGGCUCAUGAAGCUUUGCGAUUGUUCCAAGAUCGACUGGUCAGUGAUGAGGAACGUAUUUGGACGGACGAAUUGGUUGAUUCUACUGCUGAGAAGUACUUUGGUGGAGCGUGCAACGUCAAGGAAGCACUCCGUCGUCCUCUGUUGUACUCUUGUUGGCUUUCGAAACAUUAUGUCCCAGUUACCAGAGACGAGCUUAAAGACUACGUAUCCGCAAGACUCAAAGGUUUCUACGAAGAAGAACUCGAUGUGCAAUUGGUUCUAUUCGAUCAAAUGCUUGAUCAUGUGCUGCGAAUUGACCGAAUUUAUCGACAGCCACAAGGUCAUCUUCUUCUUAUUGGUACUGCUGGAGCAGGAAAGACUACAUUGUCGCGAUUCGUGGCGUGGUUAAAUGGUUUGAGCGUCUUCCAGCUGAAAGUACACUCAAAAUACACUGCUGCUGAUUUCGAUGAGGAUAUGCGCACUGUACUGCGAAGGGCUGGUUGUCGAAAUGAGAAAAUGUGCUUCAUUAUGGACGAAUCUAACAUGCUGGAUACUGGUUUCCUAGAGAGAUUAAACACUCUCUUGGCUAACGGAGAGGUGCCAGGUUUGUUUGAAGGUGACGAACACACAACUUUAAUGACGCAGAUCAAAGAAGGUGCUCAGAGACAAGGAUUGAUGCUGGACAGUCAUGAUGAGCUAUAUAAGUGGUUCACUCUACAGGUUAUGAGGAAUCUGCACGUCGUAUUCACAAUGAAUCCAUCAGGAAGUGGUCUCAGGGAACGUGCCUCAACCUCUCCUGCAUUGUUCAACCGUUGCGUGCUGAAUUGGUUCGGUGACUGGGCAGACACUGCUCUUUACCAGGUUGGAUCCGAGCUCACUACGACUCUCGACAUGGACCGCACUGAUUACGAACCUCCCUUCUCGAUGCCAAUCGUCUGUGAUCUCAUCCCGACUCCUCCCACCUAUCGUCAUGCAGUCAUAAACACUCUCGUACAUGUACACAAAUCGGUGCAGAAGCUCAAUGAACAGGAGCAGAAACGUGGUCAUAGAGUAAUGAUGGUGACUCCAAGACAUUUCCUUGAUCUGAUUAAGCAUUUCAUGAACUUGUUCCACGAAAAGAGACGUGAUCUUGAGGAGGAGAAGGUCCAUCUCAACAUUGGUCUGAAUAAGAUUCGAGAAACUGAAGAACAAGUGAAGGAUCUACAAAAGAGCCUUACACUGAAGAGUAGAGAGUUGGAAGAGAAGAAGACGGCUGCCAACUUGAAAUUGAAGGAAAUGUUGGCCGAUCAGCAGAAGGCGGAAGACGAAAAACGUCUAUCUGAGCAGCUUCAAAAGGAGUUGGCCGAACAGCUCACGCAAAUUGCAGCUAAAAAGACGGAAGUACAGAAGGAUCUGAGUCAAGUUGAACCGGCUGUCGAAGAAGCUCAGCAAGCUGUCAAAGGAAUAAGAAAGAACCAACUGGUUGAAGUGAGAUCUAUGGCAAGUCCACCAGUAAUGGUGAAACUCGCCCUGGAAGCUAUAUGUAUCCUUUUGGGAGAGAACGUGGGCACAGACUGGAAGGCAAUUCGCGGUGUUAUGGUGAAAGAUGACUUUAUGCCUCGUAUUCUUGCUUUCGAUACGGAUAGCAUUACAACAGAUAUCCUGAAGCAGAUGGACAAAUAUGUCCACAAUCCUGAUUGGGACUUCGACAAGGUCAAUCGAGCUUCACAAGCAUGCGGUCCUAUGGUGAAAUGGGCAAAAGCUCAGCUGUUAUAUUCUGGAAUGCUGCAUAAAGUUGAACCGCUUCGAAAUGAGCUCAAACGUUUGGAAUCCGAUGCCAAGAAGAAGACCACCGAGGGUAAAGAAGUGAAGGCUCGCAUCGCUCAGUUGGAACAGUCGAUUGCUGCUUACAAAGAAGAGUACGCUCAACUGAUUGGACAGGCUGAAAGCAUUAAGAUGGAUUUGGCAACGGUUCAGGAGAAGGUUGGCCGCUCCACGGAGCUGCUGUCGUCGUUGCGAUCGGAGCGUGAUCGUUGGUCUGGCGGAUGUGAUGGGUUCGCGCAACAAAUGGAUACCCUCGUUGGAGAUGCUCUGCUCUCGGGAGCGUUCCUGGCUUAUGCAGGCUACUUUGAUCAACAGCUUCGUGAUGUAUUAUUCCAUCGCUGGAUAGACCAUGUCCAUGGUGCUGGAGUGAAAUUCCGUCCAGAUUUGGCCAGAAUUGAGUAUUUGUCUACAGUAGAUGAUAGGUUGCAGUGGCAGAAAAAUGCUCUUCCGGUUGACGACUUAUGUAGCGAGAACGCCAUUAUGCUUCAUCGUUUCAACCGUUAUCCUUUGAUUAUCGAUCCAUCUGGACAGGCAGCUGAGUAUAUAAUGAAACAGUUUGCUGGAAGAAACAUACAGAAGACUAGUUUCCUGGAUGAUUCGUUCAGAAAAAAUCUGGAAUCAGCUCUUCGAUUCGGAAACUCUCUUCUUGUUCAAGAUGUCGAGAGCUACGAUCCGAUUCUCAAUCCUGUACUAAACAGAGAGGUCAAACGUACUGGUGGACGUGUGCUUAUCACUAUCGGAGAUCAAGAUAUCGAUUUGUCUCCUGCGUUCCAGAUCUUCCUCAUCACUAGAGAUGCAUCGGUGGAAUUCACUCCGGAUGUUUGUUCUCGUGUAACUUUCGUGAACUUCACAGUGACAUCGUCAAGUCUUGCAAGUCAGUGCCUCAACCAAGUACUCCGAAGUGAGCGACCGGAUGUCGACAAGAAGAGGAACGACUUGCUGAAACUACAGGGAGAAUUCGCUGUACGGCUAAGACAACUCGAAAAGGCACUGUUGGCUGCGUUGAAUGAAAGUAAAGGAAAGAUUCUGGAUGAUAACUCUGUCAUUAGUACCUUAGAGAAACUAAAGAAUGAAGCGUCCGAGAUAGCAAAGAAGUCUGCAGAGACGGACAAGGUUAUGGCUGAGGUGGAAACUGUUUCCGGACAAUAUCAGAGACUGGCGGCAGCAUGUUCGCAGAUCUAUCACACAUUACAGCAACUGAACGAGGUGCACUUCUUGUACCAGUAUUCACUCGACUUCCUUCUUGAUAUCUUCACAUGUGUGCUGAAGUCUCCUGAACUUGCCCAGACCCAGGAUCAUAUGCAGAGGCUCAACAUUAUCACGUCCAAUCUGUUCCAGACAGUUUAUCGCCGCGUUUCACGUGGAAUGCUGCAUGCAGACAAAGUUUUAUUGGCUCUUCUCUUAAUGAGAAUUUCGCUGAGAUCUGUGGGUGGCGAACCGUCGUACGAUGCUCAGUGGGAUCUGCUGCUGGGUCGCAGUGAAUUGUUCGCCUCAAAGACCGCUCAUCAAUCUCCACCCACAGCGCUACCGUUCCUUACGUCGCAACAAAUGGGAGCGCUAAUCAAAGCGCAGAAGUUGUCCGGUUUCGAAAACAUUAUUAAUACAAUGUGCGGACAGUCGGCACAGAUCAAGCAGUGGUUACUCAUGGACAAUCCGGAGGCGGCCGUGCCCGUAUUAUGGGAAGAUCCUGAACAGAAACUGACAGCGAUUGGAGUGGCGAUGAACCAGUUGAUCGUAGUACAUUGUUUACGUCCUGAUCGUUUGAUGGCAAGCGCUCAUCGUCUUGUUGCCGCUGCGUUUGGAGAUGGUUUCAUGCAACAAGAUAAAGUCAUCGAUUUGCAUGAUAUAAUUGAUAAUGAAGUUUCGUCUUCUGAUCCUGUACUUUUGUGCUCCGCAAUUGGUUAUGAUGCCUCGGGCAAGAUUGAAGAUCUCGGAGUGCAGACUGGUAGACCAGUUACUUCGAUCGCGAUUGGUUCAGCAGAAGGAUUCAGUCAAGCAGACGCGGCCCUAACAGCAGCUUCGAAAUCGGGCCGAUGGGUGCUGCUCAAAAACGUUCACUUGGCUCCACAAUGGCUUGGAAACAUGGAAAAACGUCUACACACCCUCAAACCUCAUGCGAACUUCCGUCUAUUCCUCACAGCUGAAAUUCAUCCCAAACUACCGGCUUCAGUAUUGCGAGCUUCCCGUUUGGUUGUGUUUGAGCCGGCAACAGGUCUCAAAGCAAAUCUCCUACGCUCGUUAUCUUCGCUGCCAGGACCACGCCUUGCAAAGGCUCCAGCUGAGCGCAGCAGGCUGUAUCUUCUGGUUUGCUGGCUCCAUGCGCUUGUACAGGAAAGAUUGAGGUAUACGCCUCUUGGAUGGGCCAAUGCAUACGAAUUUUCCGAUGCUGACCUUCGUGUAGCGUGCGAUACUCUAGACGCGGCUGUAGACGCUGUGGCACAGGGUCGUGCUAAUGUGGCACCAGAAAAACUGCCGUGGACGACGCUGAAAACACUAUUGAGCCAGUGUAUCUAUGGAGGAAAGAUAGAUAAUCAUUUUGAUCAGGUUCUGCUUGAUUGCAUGCUGGAACGACUAUUUACUGCGAAGAGCUUUGAACCUGAGCAUGUGCUCGUUAGCAAGUUUGAUGGUGACGCCUCAUUGUGUACUCCAGAUGCGACUCAGAGAGAUCAGUUGCUGGCAUGGGUGGAGGGAAUUAAGAGCCAGCAGCUACCAGCCUGGCUUGGUCUACCUAAUAAUGCGGAGAAGGUGCUGCUUACAGUGAGAGGUGAGAGCAUGCUGAAGAACCUUCUAAAAGUGUCUGAUGAUGAACUAGCUUUCACUGGAGACGGAGAGAAGGAAGUGAAGCCACAAUGGAUGGCCCAGCUCGGAGAGCUUGCCCAGCAGUGGUUGAAACUAUUGCCUAAGGAUAUUAAUCGACUGAAGAGAACAGUGGAGAACAUCAAAGAUCCUCUAUUCCGAUUCUUUGAGCGUGAAAUUAACCUUGGGAAACAAUUACUUCGCGAUAUCCGUCACGAUUUGGAAGAGCUUCUUUCGGUUUGCCGUGCAGAGCGCAAACAAAGUAACGAGACCAGAGCGUUGGCAUCUGCUUUGCAAAAGGGAGUGGUUCCUACCAACUGGCAACGCUACACCGUUCCCAAAGAUGUUACGGUAAUGGACUGGGUCGUUGAUUUCAAUGAGAGGGUGAAACAAUUGAUCAGAAUCGGUGCAAGCGAAAAACUCAAGCGCGAAGAAGUAUGGCUUGGCGGAACGUUUUCACCUGAAGCGUACGUGACGGCCACAAGGCAACAAGUUGCUCAGGCAAACACUUGGUCGCUUGAACAACUACAUUUGCAUGUAACUAUUGGAAGAACUGACCGCUUGGAUGUUGUGAGACUAACUGGAAUGGAACUACGGGGAGCUGAAACCGUUGGAGGAAAUGCACUCCGUUUGUCCGAUGAAGUGAAAACUGCUUGCGACUGUGUGGAAUUCUCAUGGAAACAGGAAUCUCCGGAUGGAGUCCGACUUCCACUUUAUCUUUACGGUGAUCGCCGUCAACUUGUCACCUCGUUGGCGUUCGCUGUGUCGCCGGCAACCGCAUUCUACGAAAGAGGUGUAGCCCUCGUAGCCAACUCAGCACUUAGUUAA